AUGUACAGCGCAGUCCGCGUGGUUCGGCAGCGGCGUGACAUCUCCAAAGAGCGGUGCGAGCUCACCAACGUCUCCUGGUGGAAGGCGAUCGCCAAAGAAGUCGCCGAACGGCCGGAAGUCGGCAGGACGGCCUCAAGCAAGCAGGCCCCGGUUGCAGUCACAGAGUUUGUGCCAGAGGGUGAUGACAAGACGGCUCCCCCUGCAUGGAUUCAGGCCGUGCUCCUUCUUCACAAUGAAAGAAGAGCCGCACAUUGGACUCCUCCCUUGGUCUGGAGCCAGGAGUGUUAUGAACACGCACGGAUGCAGGCCCAAGCCUGUGAAUCCGCAGACCGUCGGCUGGCAAAGAACUUCGUGGAGAGCUUGAGUGGCCGGCAUGGCCAGAAUUCACUCGGCCCUUCCAGGAAGGAGCUGAAGUGGGAUCAGGCUGCGGCGGAGCAUGUGGUGAGCCAAUGGUACAGCGAGCUGGAGAACUAUGAUUUCCACCGUCCUGGACCACAGAAGGGCUGUGUCAACUUCAUCCAGAUGAUGUGGGCGGGCACGUGCUCAGUGGGUAUGGCAUUGUCUUCCAAUGGCAGGUAUUGCGUUGCCAACUACUUCCCUCCAGUCGGCAACGUCCUGGCCUACAAAUAUGCGCGAAACUUGAGCCCGCCCAGUGACCUCCCACCACCGUGGAUCACGCAGGGCGAUCAGGACCUUCCGGAAAUCUACAAGAAAGUUCCUUGCGCAGAGUCGAACUGGAAGCGUCACGAGGAGGUAACAGCCCUCCUGGAAGAGGGCGCCAAGUACAAGCCAUUAGACUGCUUGAACACUGACUUGCCUGAUCUAGAUCCGUUCUGA